UCCAGUGGCCCCGUCCCGGACGGAAGGAGGCGGGGAGGCCUACGGUCUUCAGGCAGCUGCCAGCCCGCGGGACCGGAGUGGGCGGGGCCGGGGCCAGAGGGCGGCUCCCGCCCGCGUGCACACCCGGAAGCGCACCGGCGUACGCGCUCAGAGUCGGGGGAAGCAGCGCUGCCGCCGCCGUCCCUGCAGCCAGCUCCUCAGUCAUGCCGAAGCACGAGUUCUCCGUGGACAUGACCUGUGAAGGCUGCUCUAAUGCAGUCACUCGGGUCCUCAACAAGCUGGGAGGAGUUCAAUUUGACAUUGACCUGCCCAACAAGAAGGUCUGCGUCGACUCUGAGCACAGCGUGGACACUCUGCUGGAGACCCUGGGGAAAACAGGAAAGGCCGUUUCCUACCUUGGCCCCAAGUAGCGAGGGCCUGGGCCCCCAGCCUGCAGGAUGGACCAAAGUGGGCAGGAUGCUGAGCCAGCUCCUGCCUUCCAGACAGAUCUAGGACCUGACAAUCCUGCUCAGCGAUGGUAGUUCCUGCGGAGACCCUCACUUGCCCUGCUCCUCUGUAGCUUCCUUGCAAUAAAGUCAAGUCGAUUUUGCUGGA